CUGACACUGAACUCCUCCUCUCCUCCAGCAGACCGAGAGCAUCAAAGGAGAAGCAUCAGACCACUGACCAGCAUCUCCCUCUCCGAGGGUGAGGAACGAGAGCAGGAGAGGGGAGGCGGAAGAGGGAGAGCCAAACUAGUGAGAGGAGUAAGUUUUCAGUGUGAGGGGGGGUGACCAGAGGAGAGUUGGGAGCCAGAGCGAGCGGCAGCGGGGGGGAGGUCCGGAGCUUCUUCUCCUGCUCCUCUUUUGAGCUCUGCCUGGAUCCCCUUGUAUUCCUCUCCUCCUCCUCCUCCUCUUCUUCUCAUUUCGACUCUCCUCCCAGCUCCCGCCGUGGGGUCUCAGCUCUCCAUCUCCCUGCCCCCCUCCCUGGCUCCCUACCUCCCCCGGGCGCUGCUGGGAGCUCCUGUGCUGCUGCGGCGCAGGAGGAUGUCUCGCAGGGAGUCUCCACCGCUGCCGUCCCCACCUCCUCAGAUGCUGGGAGUGCAGAGGGGGGAGUGCGAGGACCGUCCGGAGCGCGCGGAGCCGCUGUCCGACGCCGAGAUGGAGAUCAUCCAGCACACGUGGGGGCACGUCUACAAGAACUGUGAGGACGUGGGGGUGUCUGUGCUCAUCAGGUUCUUUGUCAACUUCCCGUCCGCCAAACAGUAUUUCAGCCAGUUCCAGGACAUGCAGGAUCCCGAGGAGAUGGAGAGGAGCAGCCAGCUCCGGCAGCACGCCCGCAGGGUGAUGAACGCCAUCAACACGGUGGUGGAGAACCUCCAAGACCCGGAGAAAGUCUCUUCAGUGCUGGCCUUGGUCGGGAAGGCCCACGCCAUCAAACACAAAGUGGAACCCAUUUACUUCAAGAUCCUGAGUGGCGUGAUGCUGAGCGUGCUCUCGGAGGACUUCCCAGAAUUCUUCACGGCAGAAGUGCAGCUGGUGUGGACCAAGCUGAUGGCGGCGGUGUACUGGCACGUGACCGGCGCCUACACAGAAGUGGGCUGGCUCCAGGUGUCCAGCUCGGCGGUGUGAGGAGAAGGCCAGACGCUGCGCGUGAGGGGAAAAUGCAGUGAGGAGUUUAGCGCUGCAGGUCGUGUGACGUCGUUCAACACUGCUCUGUAUUUUGGUGCUAAGCUCGACCUGCUGUGGUGUUUCCACGCCGCGGAGAUCAGCCGGACACCAAACAAUGUAGCCAGAAGUCAACUUGCUCUUCACUCUUAGCCCAUGUCAGACGAGCUCCUGUUUGUGAGAUGAUCUCUGGUGUUGACUGUUUACUUCUUCUGCUGUGAUCCGUGUUCCUGUCAGAGAACUGCUGAGUCUUUGAGACACUUUCAUUCGACUUUUGAUUUUUAAAAAGCAAACUGUAGCCCCAAAAAAGAACCACUUAGAGUAACAGAUUUACCACUUUAUGUGCAGUUUAUCCUCGUUUGACAAACUAUGAAUUUAAAGUGAUUUUCCUCAACAAAUUUAAUGCAAGAAUUCCUUUACAAUCAGUUUUUUUACCCUAAAAAAUGGUGAAAUUCUAGACUAAAAUCAACCUGACUACAGACUAUGAACUUAUUUUCAGAUUCUCCCAGUACAAAAGUUAGAAACUUUCAGACUUUUGCUUCUGGCUGCUUGCAGGUUUUUUCGUCUGACUUCAUUUCAUUUAUGUAGCGACUGCUGUGACAGUUUCCUUCAUGUGCAUGUGCAUGCAGCUGCAGAGUCCGUGGGUUUCAGGCGCUCAGAUGCAAAUCUUUGCCAACGCACGAGUUGGACGUUUCUGAUUGGACAGGACUUCUGCACAUAGGUUGUUAGAACUCUUAUACUCUUCAGUGAAUGUUAUCACAAACUGAUUCCAGCUUUAGGAUAUCGUGAAUGAAAACUUUUUUAAAAAUGUCAAAAUCCUGUUUUUGUUUCCGACGAUCCACGAUGCAAAAGGUUGUGUUGUUUUUUCCCCACUUAGACAAAAACACUGUGAUCAUUUCCUAACCUGUGUGUGCAUAAAAUAAUUAUAAAAAAAGUCCAAGAAACGGUAAAAUUAGAUUAAAACCAAUCGCAGUAUUUGGUUUGUACCCAAUGGGGUCGCAUCAUCGACUGUAUCUGAGAACUGGACUGAGUGAGUGUGACAUCAUAAAAUAGUGGCCCAACCAAAUGAAAUCAAUUCAGUCCCCUCCUGACCAAUCAGGAGUGAGCUUGUCAGAAGGCCACACCCCCGAGAGCCAGCAGGCUCUACCUACUUUUAAUUGAGGCGUCUGAUUGGUCAGUUUAGAACUUGAAUAACUAGAACUACAGAGAACAUGUAAUAAAAAAGAGGAUUAUCAGGACAAUGUUUAGUAAAAAGGAAUCCGAUUGUUUAUUUCUCUGGAGACAUCUAUGGGAUUUUGGGUUCUUGGAGUCAGCAGGUACUUCAUGUUUAGAACGCCAGGAGGGAGGAGUCACUCAGUCCAGUUCUCAUAUACAGUCAAUGGUUUGGACUCACGUAAUGUGAUAUUUCCUUACAGACACACAUAAAUAGGACGGCUCGUGUGAUGGAUUGAUCACUUUUCUUAUCGACGUUUUGCCUUUCAAGGUUAUUAGAGAAAAAACAAACUCUCUGAAAAGCCCAACUGUCUCUUUGAGACAAACAGAAGGAGAAAUCCAGUUACACUAAUCAGUAUUUUAUGAUUGGUUCAAUAUUAACCAAUCAAACUUGCAGGAGAAAGUCAGAGUUACCCAAGAAAACCUGCUCAGAAACAUUCUAGCGGAGAUUUGAUCCAGGAACCUUCCACCACAAAGCCUCUAGCAGGUAAUGCUGCAGUAUUUUCAUUGAUUUAGUGAAGAUAUGAUCAGCGAACAGUCAUCUCUGGUGUUGAAGUUCUCACGUUAGUACUGGUUGAGUUAUUGGUCUGCAGAAACGUUCUGAUGCAGGGCUUCACAGCCAGUUACCUGAACUCAAUCAAGUCACUAUUAGAUUCAAUUUCCAAUUUAAAUCAGUUUGAUAUUGGUUCCAAUUUCCGUUUUAAAUAUACAGUAUUUUCCAGACUAUAAGUCGCACCAGAGUAUAAGUCGCACUUUUAAGAGAAAAGUCCAACAUUUAUGAACAAAUCCAACAAGCCCGACGUAAUGUUGCAUUUGACACGAACACAAUUCAUGCGUCAAAUUCAUCCAAAAAUGUGUUUAUAAACUAGAGAAGCUGCUUUUUAGCCUCAUCGCUACAUGAUGGAGGCUUUGACUGUAUAUCUCGUUUAUGCACGGAUGAUGUUGAGAGG